AUGGCCUGCAGGGGUCACUGCCGACCCAGCUGCCUGGCCCGAGCCCUGCAGCUGACCCUGGCGUGGGUCCUGCUGGGGGCCUGUGAAGGGAGACACCCACUCCGAGCUAGGUCUCCAGGACACCGUGUCUGGGCAGCUGAUCUGGCAGGGGACUCCCAGGCUUCGGUGCCCCAACCUUACCUGAGGAUCCAAGAUCCCGGCUCGCAGAGGGCCCCUUGCUGUCCGUCCGAGAUGGACACACCGCUGUCCCCAGAGGGCUGCGGGGCGCCAAGCCCUGGGUGCAGGUCCUUCCUGGGACAGCUGCAGCGCGCGCUCCGCAGUCGCUUCCAACUGCUGCUGCUUGGGGUGCGCCAGGAGCAGCCAUUCUGUGCAGAGCUCUGCCAGGCCUGGUACGCCAGCUGUGAAGGGGACAUCACCUGCGGCCCCGCUUGGCUCCCGCUCCCAGGAAAGAGGAGCUGCGACGCCACCUGCCGUAGCUACGGGCAGACCUUCGCCGACGGGGCGGACCUCUGCCGCUCGGCUCUAGGCCGCGCCCUGCCGCUGGCGGCUCCCGGCGCCCGGCACUGCCUCAACAUCUCCACGUCGGAGCUGCCGCGGCCCAUGCCCGCGCGGAGGGCGCGGGGACUUCUGUCCCGCCGCGCCCGCUCCUCCACCCUGGACGCGGCGGGCAGCGGUAGCGGCAGUGGCAGCGGCAGCGGCCCCUAG